CCCCUUCUCGCCCUCUCGACUCUUCCUCCCCACCAUCGCUGCAUCCGUAUGCAAGCCCGCUCGCUGCUCCUUCAUAUCGUUGCUCCCUGUGUCAGGUAUAUAGAGCUGCCAAAGCCCGCACCGUCACUUCCUUCUUUCGUUUCCCGUCCGUCCUCAGAAACCGCCACCGAGACGCUCAGUUUUUGAAAGCUGCGAACGGCACGACACUUGCCUCUGUCAACACUCUAGUCAAGUGCUGUGUCGACUGGCCGUAAGAGAACAACCACGCCGAGAAGCAAUGACCCUAACAAAUCAGAGAACUCGCCGCAACCCCGAUGAUUUCCCUACCGUCCAGCUCUUCGUGCUCGCUAUCGUUCGCCUCGCCGAGCCGAUAGCUCUUACGUCCAUCUUCCCAUAUGCAUGGGCUCUGAUAAAGAGAUUCAAGAUUGGCCACGAAGAUGACGCCUCCUUCUAUGCCGGCUUGCUCAUCUCGUCUUUCGCCCUUGCGGAAGCCCUGAUGGGCAUGUUCUGGGGCGGUUUGUCCGACCGAAUUGGACGAAAGCCGGUCCUGCUCGUCGGGUGCAUCGGCACCAUGUUCAGCAUGGUCAUGGUGGGCUUUGCCUCCAGCCUCUGGGUCGCCCUCCUGGGGCGUGCCUUGGGCGGACUGCUCAACGGAAACAUUGCCGUCAUUCAGACAAUGGUCGGAGAGCUGGUCACAAAGCCAGAGCACGAGCCCAAAGCCUAUUCCAUCAUGCCCUUCGUUUGGUCCAUAGGGACAAUCGUAGGUCCAGCAAUCGGUGGCACCUUUGCUGACCCCCACGAAUCCUUCCCGAACAUGUUCCCCAAAGGGUCACUAUUCGAGGUGUUCCCCUACCUGCUCCCCAAUCUCGUCUGCGCUGGCUUGCUCUUCAUCAGCAUUCUUCUUGGCUACUUCCUCCUCGAGGAAACCCACCCCGAUAUGCAACCGCGCGUGUUUUUGCCCGAUGAUACUUUCGUCUCGGAAGAGACUCCUCUCAUUGAGACAUCUGAUGCCAUCAAGCGGCCCGCUGUCGACCUCCUCAGGGAUGAGAAUUAUGGAACGAUCAAGAGCCACAAAGCCGAGGAGUCGGACAGCAAGUGGACGAAAGAGUCCGAGAAGCGACCGGACUGCAACAUCUUCUCCAAGCGGAUCAUGGCUGUUAUCCUCGCCCUUUCGAUUUUCACCUAUCAUUCCAUGACGUACGAUCACCUUCUGCCCAUAUUCUUCGAGGACGAUAGACCUCUCAGCCCGUCGUCGCUGCUAGGUUCCCCGGUUCAUUCGUUGAGCCCGUUUUAUUCCCCCGGAGGCCUUGGUCUCUCUCUCCGAGCUGUGGGCAUGAUCAUGGCCGUCAAUGGCGUGAUCGCUCUUUUCAUUCAAGCCGUGGUCUUCCCCUUUGCCGCCGAACGGUUGGGGAUCUACAGGCUUUUCAUCUUUGUGACAGUCCUGCACCCGAUUGCCUACCUUUUCGUUCCCUUCCUCCUGUUCGUACCGGAGUCGCUUCUAUUUCCUGCCAUAUACGUCUGUCUCACUAUCCGCAACCUGUUCUCUAUCCUUGUCUACCCGUUACUUCUCAUCCUCAUCAAGGAAGCGACUCCGAGUCCGUCAGUUCUUGGCAAGGUGAACGGGUUGGCGGCAAGCGCGGGAGCUGCGUUCCGGAUGAUUGCCCCGCCUAUUGCAGGUUAUCUGUACAGCCUGGGGAAGGGGAUGGACUGCACUGCUCUGGCAUGGUACGGUAGUGCCGUCGUUGCCGUUCUGGGUGGUAUUCAAUGCUUUUCUGUCAAGCGCGAGAAGCCUAGAUGCACCCUAGCUGAGGAUUAUGAGGAGGUUGCCGCGACGCAGUAGACGGCUAAACCUGCUUGCUCCUUGUCAGCACGCAGGGAAAGACAAUCUGUGGAGGGUUUGCGGUCACCACGGUGAUUGGCUCGAAGAUGUGUGGAGGUAAGGGGGUAGAAUCCCCUCAUCUGCGCAAUCUUGGUUUGAUGGUACGGCGCGUUUAUGAGGAUUAUGGAGUCAUAUAUGGGGGAUCGGCCUCAUUGGCGUUGGUCGGCGUCAAGCAGUUUGUUUCGGCAUCUUUAAUAAUGGCGCAUGGCAUGAUUUAAGUUAGAGACACGAAAGACAUGGUUGCGGGCUACUAUAUAUUUAUACCUAGGUUGUUGGCGCAUGUUCUUAGCAGUCGAUAGUAGCGUACCUAAUAGACACGAUAUUUAUGGGCGGACUUGUAAUGUCUCCGGAAUCUAGUCCU